CUGGGUCUUGUUGUGUGUAUGGCAUUUUGGGUGUGGGCCCAGGGUUGUGCAAGCCUUGUUACGGUUGUAAAAUGUUGUAGUCUGAGCAGGUGUGUAUAUGCCCAUGUAUAUCCUGUGGUGUUUGUAUUGUAUGUAUAUAUAUGUCUAUGACAUAUUUUAUUCCUUUGAGUUUUUGAAUGUUUCUUACACGCUUUUGGAAGGCCUGUUCUUGUGGUUGGUUUAUAUGAUUCUUUAUUUAAGUAUUGGGCAACUAGUGGAGGUCACAUAUGUCUGUUCUCAACUUCUGCAUAUCAUGAUAGGGUUCAGAUGUAUAUAGAGAAGUGGGUUUUGUGUGAUUAAGGAUCUGGUCUCUGUUUAUGCUUAUUUGAACUGCAUUGCAUCUCAAGGAUUGGAUCUAUCGGGUUUACGGGGCGAAAAGGUUUCUUGUGCUGGUUUUUAUGUGAAUGGUGUGCUGAUCUCUGGUUUUGGUGUAUCAAAUUGAGAUUAUAGGUGCCCUAUUGAAGUGUUGAUUUGCGAGUAGUUCUUUUUAACAUAAGUUUUAGCAACAUGGCAGGAAGAUCCUUCAAAGCCUCAGACCCACAAUCAGGCAAGGUCCCGGGUGGUCCAUCUGUGACCUUUGCAAGGAGGACCUCCUCGGGCCGGUAUGUGAACUUAUCAAGGGAUUCUCUUGACAGCGAAAUUAGUGGUGUUGAGUUUGCGAACUAUACAGUGCAUAUCCCGCCAACGCCUGAUAACCAGCCCAUGGAUCCCUCGAUUUCACAGAGGGUUGAAGAGCAGUAUGUGUCGAAUUCUUUGUUUACCGGAGGGUACAACAGCGUGACCCGUGCUCAUCUGAUGGAUAAGGUGAUCGAGUCAGAAGCCAACCAUCCUCAGAUGGCUGGUGUUAAAGGGUCUUCUUGUGCAAUCCCGGGAUGUGAUGGAAAGGUCAUGCGUGAUGAGAGGGGCGAAGAUAUUCUCCCCUGUGAAUGCGAUUUCAAGAUUUGCCGGGAUUGCUAUAUUGAUGCUGUCAAGACAGGUGAUGGGAUUUGCCCCGGUUGUAAAGAGCCUUACAAGAACACCGAGUUGGAUCAGAGUGCUGUAGAUCCUAAUAGACAGCCUUUAUCUUUACCGUCGAAUGUUGGGAUGUCUAAGAUGGAGAGAAGGUUGUCAUUGAUGAAAUCGGGCAGCAAAUCGGCAAUAGUAAGAAGUCAGUCUGGCUUGUCAAGGAGUCAAACUGGGGAUUUUGAUCAUAAUAGAUGGUUAUUUGAGACUAAAGGGACUUAUGGUUACGGUAAUGCUAUAUGGCCAAAGGAAGGGGGAUUAGGGAAUGACAAGGAUGACGGUGAGCCUUCCGAACUUCUUAACAAGCCAUGGAGACCACUUACACGCAAAUUGAAGAUUCCUGCUGCAGUUCUCAGUCCAUAUCGGCUCUUGAUUUUGAUUCGUGUUGUUGUGCUCGGCCUAUUUCUUGAAUGGAGAAUCACCAACCCCAAUAACGAUGCGAUAUGGUUAUGGUAUAUGUCCAUUAUAUGCGAGAUUUGGUUCGCAUUCUCCUGGCUGCUAGAUCAACUUCCCAAGUUGUGCCCAAUUAAUCGAGCAACGGAUCUUAAUGUUCUAAAGGAAAAAUUCGAAAUGCCUACACCCGCCAAUCCCUCGGGGAAAUCUGAUCUUCCUGGUAUCGACAUAUUCGUUUCCACUGCCGAUCCAGAAAAAGAGCCACCGCUUGUUACUGCUAAUACCAUACUGUCUAUUCUUGCGGCCAAUUACCCAGUUGAAAAGCUUUCUUGCUACGUUUCUGACGAUGGAGGUGCCCUCCUGACCUUCGAGGCCAUGGCAGAAGCUGCUAGUUUUGCCAACAUAUGGGUCCCGUUUUGUCGAAAACAUGAUAUUGAGCCGAGGAAUCCGGAUACUUACUUCAACUUGAAGAGAGAUCCAUACAAGAAUAAGGUGCGUCAAGAUUUUGUCAAGGAUCGGAGACGAGUGAAGCGUGAGUAUGAUGAGUUCAAGGUUCGAAUCAACAGCCUUCCUGAUUCUAUACGUCGACGUUCUGAUGCCUAUAAUGCUCGGGAAGAAAUUAAGGCUAUGAAGCUUCAAAGAGAGGCGGCUGGUGAUGAACUGUUGGAACCUGUCAAAAUCACUAAAGCCACUUGGAUGGCAGAUGGGACCCACUGGCCUGGCACCUGGAAUGUUACAUCUCCCGAGCAUUCAAGGGGUGAUCAUGCGGGAAUCAUACAGGUGAUGUUGAAACCUCCGAGUGAUGAACCACUACACGGGAAUUCUGCUGAAGGCAGUCCUCUUGAUUUUACUGAAGUCGAUAUUCGGCUUCCCUUGUUGGUCUAUGUUUCUCGUGAGAAACGACCUGGCUAUGAUCACAACAAGAAGGCUGGGGCAAUGAAUGCAUUGGUUCGAGCUUCAGCAAUCAUGUCGAAUGGCCCGUUUAUUCUCAACCUUGAUUGUGAUCACUACAUUUAUAACUCGCAGGCGAUAAGAGAGGGGAUGUGUUUUAUGAUGGAUCGUGGCGGUGACCGUUUGUGCUAUGUGCAAUUUCCUCAAAGGUUUGAAGGAAUCGAUCCUUCCGAUCGCUAUGCAAAUCACAACACGGUUUUCUUUGAUGUGAACAUGCGAGCCUUGGAUGGCUUGCAAGGUCCGGUUUAUGUGGGUACCGGUUGCCUAUUCCGCAGGACAGCUCUUUACGGUUUUGACCCGCCGAGAACUAAGGAGUAUCACCCCGGUUGCUGCAGUUGUUGUUUUGCUCGUCGUCGCAAGAACCAUGCUAGUGUUGCAAAUGCUCCCGAGGAGAACAAGGCGCUCCGAAUGGGUGAUUUCGAUGAUGAGGAAAUGAACCUUGCUUCUUUUCCUAAAAGGUUUGGUAACUCGAGUUUCCUUAUUGAUUCAAUCCCGGUGGCUGAAUUCCAAGGCAGGCCGCUUGCUGAUCACCCCGCAGUGAAGAAUGGACGACCCCCCGGUGCUUUAACGAUUCCUCGAGAGCUUCUUGAUGCCUCAACUGUUGCUGAAGCAAUUAGUGUCAUCUCGUGUUGGUAUGAAGACAAAACCGAAUGGGGUAAUCGUGUUGGAUGGAUUUACGGGUCAGUAACUGAAGAUGUGGUAACGGGAUAUAGGAUGCACAACCGAGGUUGGAGAUCUGUAUACUGUGUGACCAAGAGAGAUGCGUUUCGGGGAACUGCCCCGAUCAAUUUGACAGACAGGCUUCAUCAAGUCCUCCGAUGGGCCACUGGCUCAGUCGAGAUCUUCUUCUCUCGUAACAACGCUUUCUUGGCUAGUCCUAAGAUGAAGUUAUUGCAGCGAAUUGCCUACCUAAACGUUGGCAUCUACCCUUUCACCUCGAUUUUCCUCAUCGUUUAUUGCUUCCUCCCCGCGCUCUCGCUGUUCUCGGGCCAGUUCAUCGUCCAGUCCUUAAACGUCACGUUCCUCACUUACCUCUUGGUCAUCACAUUGACUCUCUGCAUGCUCGCGGUGCUCGAGAUCAAGUGGUCUGGCAUUAACCUCGAAGAAUGGUGGCGUAACGAGCAAUUCUGGUUGAUUGGAGGAACGAGUGCCCAUCUUGCUGCUGUGCUUCAAGGGCUACUGAAAGUGAUUGCCGGGAUUGAAAUCUCGUUCACCCUGACGUCAAAAUCAGCUGGCGAUGAAAACGACGAUGAAUUCGCUGAUCUUUACAUCAUCAAGUGGACUUCGUUGAUGAUCCCGCCCAUCACAAUCAUGAUGAUAAACUUGAUAGCAAUUGCGGUUGGGUUCAGCCGAACAAUAUACAGCAGCAUCCCGCAAUGGAGCCGUUUGCUUGGAGGCGUGUUCUUUAGCUUCUGGGUCUUGGCGCAUCUCUAUCCAUUCGCGAAAGGACUAAUGGGACGACGAGGUAGGACUCCAACAAUCGUGUUCGUCUGGUCGGGUCUUAUCGCCAUCACCAUCUCGCUCCUCUGGGUCGCCAUCAACCCCCCGGCAGGUAGUUCCGAAAUCGGAGGCUCAUUCCAGUUCCCUUGAUCUAGUUUUUUUGGGUUGUGCAGCUGAACUAAGCCUUCUUAGCUAAUUGAUUUUUGGUUAUUUUUUUUUUUUUUUUUUUUUGGUUUUGCAUUUCCUCCCUUCUUGUCUAGCCUAUAGAGAAUGGACAACAUUUUACUAGGAUGUUUGGUAUCUUGGAACAUAUGUUUUUAGUCCAUUUAUCUAUGGGGAAACACAUUCUUUGUAAUCAAAAACAGCAAAGUAGAAAGUAAUUCUUUCUUUCUUUA